GCCAGACUAAGGAGUUUAGAUAUUAACGUGGGCAAAAGGGAGCUGCAGACAGUCAGUUGAGCUGCGCCAGCAGGGAUUAAUUGCAAGGUGCAGAUGGGUCAGGAGGAAGGUGAGUCAGGGUAUUGUGAGGAACGCUGUGUCCCUGGCCUGGGCCAGGUGGAGAGGGAAGGGGUGAGGAAGGAAGGCCAGGUUCGGCCUCUGUUCCCCCACUCAGCCCUGAGUCUCCUGCUUCUUUCCAAUCUGCACAAGGAACAGAUGGAGUUUCAGCCAAAUCAGGAGGAGGAGCAGGAGUCACAGGGCAUCUUUGGCCACUUCCUAGGGCUGCAGUCCCAUGGUCACCAUCCUCUCAGGACAAACUCGAAGAGCAAACCAGGUCCAAGAAAGAAGUCCCUUCUCCACGAGGGCAAGCCCAAGAACCUUGGGGGAACCGGACACAACCCUUGGGACCAGGAAGACAGCAAGGCCUGGGAGCUUACGGAGGAGGAUGCCUUCAAGUCCGCUGCACUGUAUGGGAGGUCAGGCUCAGUGCCCCGGACACCCCUCAGCCCCACCCUGUGGUCUUCCCACCCGGACAGCCAGCGGCCUCAGGUCUCGGCAGAGCCUCAGGCAGGGAUGGCACUGUCAAACGCCAAAGCCUAUACCACCUGUGGCUCCUGGGACCCGAAGUUUGAAUUGCUCCCACAGUGCUGGGGCCUCAACAGAGCACCCAGAAUUGGGUCACAUGAAAACUCGUUUAAUUUGACGGACAUGCCAGAGGCCCCUGAACAUCUUAGAGAGCCACAUUUGGAACAACUGACCAUCAGCAUACGCACUAUACUCAAGGCUCUUGUAGAUCCUCAUUGGGCCUUGGAAAGCAAGUCUUCCACCCAAACCAGGGUCACCAGGUUCCCCCCAUGGGUGGCACCCGCCACUUCCCUUGCUCUGAGCCUACCAUUCCUCGUGAGUUUCCAAUGGUCCUGUCGCUGCCUGAACAUGAUGGAUCUACACCCAGCGCUGGCUUGGGGCACACACCUCGCUGCCUAAGCAGGAGUCCUAGGGAGGUGUUGGGGAUGUUCGCUCUUCACCCAAGAGCCCGACAUCCCCAGGAAGACUUCCCUGGGACCCAGGUGAAGAUGAGGUGGCCCCGACAGGACCAAUGCUGGACAAAGGGCUGGCAGGCGAGACCUAAGACGGCGGACAGAUGGUAUCCCCAGGCCCAGCUCUCAGCACAGGCAGCAGACCCAAAACCAUAGGGCAGAACUCAACCUCACCACCAAGGCUUAGCAUGUGAACGCUCCCCCAUAUACUCACCGGGGUCCUGAAACACCCCUGGGAAUUGGCAGAUGGCACCAGGAGGGUGUCUAGGUCCUUUGGGGUAUCUUACUGCUUUGGGAACCUCACUUCAAUGUGCUCUUCCUGCUUCCUUGGGGUCAGUCCAAAGCUGUCAUGAAACCACCAGACAUUUCCCUUUAUUCCAGAUUUCAUGGUCACUCACUGGAUUAGACCCACCCCACCACAACCCAAUCUUGUGGGAAGUGUAACUUCUUGUUUCUAUGUUUUCAGGCAGUUACUUCUGUCAGUACAACUUCGUGAUUGAAAACUUACA